AUGGAUGAAGUUACUAGUACAGAAACUUCAUCUCAAGAGGUGCCAAAUGCUGAAUAUCCUCUUUGGCAGUAUGUGACUAAAGUAGAAAAACCACCGGGUGCUACCGUUAAAAAAGGGGGAAACACAUACUUUAAGUGCAAUUAUUGUGGUGUGGUUUAUUUGGGAUCCUAUUCUAGGGUUAAGGCUCAUUUGUUAAAAAUUGCUAAUAAAGGUAUUAAAGCAUGUCCUAAUGUGACACCGAGCCAUAGGUUGGAAAUGCAGCGAAUGCAUGAUCAAGUUGAGAAGGAUAAGUUAGAAAGUGAACAGAGAAGUCGAAUUCCCUUACCCCCACCUAUCCUAGGCCGUGGGCCUAUACCUAUUUCCCCAUUUCGGAGACAGGAAAGGAGUGAUAGUACAAAUCCGAUUGAUGGUAAAAGGAGGAAGGUGGCUGGGAUUUCUCCUAUUGAGAAAGCAUUCCAGAAUACUACUAGAUAUGAAUUGGAUAGUAAAAUUGCUAGGAUGUUUUACACUGGUGGACUUCCAUUUAACUUUGCAAGGAACCCACAUUAUCGUAAUUCCUAUGCAUAUGCUGCUACUCAUAACAUCCCAAGUUAUGUUCCUCCUAGAAACAAUGCCUUGAGAACAACACUUUUGCAAAAAGAAAGAGCUCAUGUUGAAAGACUCUUGAAGCCAAUUAAGGAUUCUUGGCUUGAAAAUGGUGUAAGCAUAGUUUCUGAUGGAUGGUCAGAUCCACAAAGAAGGCCUCUUAUUAAUAUUAUGGUUGUAUCAGAUGGGGGUCCGGUGUUUGUAAAGGCAAUUGAUGGGUCGGGUGAGUUCAAAGACAAGCAUUAUAUUGCUGGGGUGUUGAAGAAUGCUAUAAAAGAGAUUGGACAUGAAAAAGUUGUCCAAGUCAUCACUGAUAAUGCUAAUGUAAUGAAAUCUGCUGGAGCUCUUAUUGAAGCAAAAAACACUGAAAAGAAUGAAGUUACAUAUGAGGAAUGUAGUUGGAUUACACGUAUUGCUGAUGAUGCAUCUUUCAUACGUGUUUUUAUUAGGAACCAUUCAAUGAGGUUGAAGUUGAUAAAAAGAUGCCUUCAAGCCAUGGCUAUUAGUAAGCAAUGGGCUUCUUAUAGGGAGGAUGAUGUUGGAAAAGCUGUAAAGGUGAAAGAUAUGAUUCUAAGUGAUCUUUGGUGGGAUAAAGUUGACUAUAUCCUUGAAUUCACAGCACCUAUUUAUGAUAUGCUACGAGUAGCCGACACAGAUAAGCCUUGUCUUCAUCUUGUGUAUGAGAUGUAUUACUCCAUUGAAUGGCUUUCGGAGAAUCCAAAACGCAUCUCGCCACAUCGGGAUCAUGAAAUUUCUAUGGAAAGGAGCAAGUGUUUGGAUUGA